UUGGCCUUUUAUGUCAAACGAACAGAUAAACAAAUAUACAUAGUUUCAAACUUGGACAACAAAAGAAGUUUCUCAAACUCCUUACGUUAACACUUAACACACACUCUCUCUCCUAUAAAAAAAAAAACAAAAAAAGUGACAUGAAUCUUCUAAGUUGUUUUAGUUUACUACUUAUUAUGUGGGUAUUAAGCAACACUUUGUUUUCAGCUAUAAUUGACGCCAGAUCAGAGCCUCCUAUACCUGUACCCUCCAUUUCUGAGCAGUUUUUUGUUGCUGAGAGAAUUCCCAGUUCUCAAUUUCUAGUUAAAAUGGAAGCUGAACCUCCAGGACCAGGAGAGGAGAUUAGAGUAGUGCACCACCAUGAUUUGAAUGAGAAAAUUCUUAUAGCGCUCAUUGUUGCCUCCUCUCUCCUUGGUGGAAUUUUGCUGUUUUUAUUAUUUUUUUGGAUCUAUAGACAGAAAAAAUUGAAGAACUCCAAUAAGAAAAGCCGAAAGAGCUUAGAGGCUGCAAAAGGGAUCUCAAUGAACCCAAUUAUGGUUAACUCCUUGAGGAUGGCCAAUAGUAAAGGUUCUCUUGCUAUAUUCGAUUAUCCAUCAUUAGAAGCAGCAACAAACAAUUUCCAAGAAAGUAAUCAUUUGGGUGAGGGUGGUUGUGGACAUAUCUAUAAAGCUCAUUUUGAUGAAAAAUUGCUUGCAGCAGUUAAGAGAAUUGAUGGUGUCACUCAAGACAUGGAAAGAGAAUUUGAAAAUGAGGUGAAUUGGUUGAGUAAAAUCCAGCAUCAGAAUAUUAUUAAACUUUUUGGUUACUGCAUUUAUGGAGAUUCAAGGUUCCUUGUUUAUGAAAUGAUGGAGAAGUCUUCAUUGGAAACUCAACUGCAUGGACCUACUCAAGGAUCAGCUUUAACAUGGCAUCUGCGAAUGAAAAUAGCUGUUGAUGUUGCUAGAGGAUUAGAAUAUCUUCAUGAGCACUCGCAUCCUCCUGUGGUUCAUAGAGACAUAAAAUCUUCUAAUAUUCUUCUGGAUUUCAAUUUCAAUGCUAAGCUAUCAGAUUUUGGCCUUGCGGUUACUUCUGGCACUGAAAACAAUAACUUAAAGCUUUCAGGAACCAUGGAUUACGUGGCACCAGAAUACCUUUUGGAUGGGAAACUAACAGAUAAAAGUGAUGUCUAUGCUUUUGGAGUUGUCCUUCUAGAACUCCUAACAGGAAGAAAGCCGUUGGAGAAUCUUGCCCCAGCUCAAUGCCUAUCUAUUGUCACAUGGGCUAUGCCUCAGCUUACUGACAGAUCAAAGCUUCCAAAGAUUGUGGAUCCUGUAAUCAGAAACAUGAUGGACCUAAAGCAUUUAUAUCAGGUUGCUGCUGUGGCUGUACUGUGUGUUCAAACAGAACCAAGUUACAGGCCACUGAUAACUGAUAUUUUGCACUCGCUUAUCCCUCUUGUCCCUAAUGAGCUUGGAGGAUCACUCAGAGUUAGCGAACCUACUAAGCCAGUCUGCCCUGGACCUUCCAACUGAUUGCAGAUAUGUUGCUCGUGACUCUUACACAUUUUCACAUUUUAUAAUUACAUCAAGGCGAUCAUCUGAAUCACUGGAUACCUUUCCUCUUGUUCCUGAUCAUUCAUUUUUUUUAUUUUUUCAGAUACUUUUUCUCCUGAGAUUCUUAUGCAAUAUAGUCAUUCUACGAAAUUUUUUUUUUUGGGUAAAUAAUAGUAAAAUUUGAUGUAAUUUUUCCAUGACAAUCUGAGAACAUUUUUACUUUUAGAUUAGACAGAUUUCCCUCUAGCUGUAUUUAUCAAGAAACCAACAGGGGAUAAAAAGAGUAUUAUUAGAGUGGAAAAUUUCUGAAAUCUGUAUUUUUCUUAUCCUAUAAUAUGUAAACUGGUAUUUGGAGGGUCACUCUUAACUCUUUGCAGCACAGAUAA